CAAGAAAAAGACAUCUGGGUUUGUCAGAGAGACAGAAAAUGGACAGAAGAUGAGAGAAUGAAAAUGAAGAGCUCUGCUCUACAGACUGAACGAGAUGGAGCAUUAAAAUCACUGCAGCAUAAAGACAGACAGCUGGAGGAUUAUAAAACACAAAUAGAGCUUAAAGAUAUAGAACUGGGUAAGAGAGUAAAAAUCAUUGAGGAGAAAGAUGCACAACUGAAAGAUACAAGUACAACACUAGAGAAGACGAGUAAAGAGCUAGAGAAGAGAGACAGAGCUCUACAUGAGAGAGAUCAACAACUGAAACUGAAAGACACACAGAUACAGGACACACAAAUACAAGUGGAGAAAAAGGACAACAGACUUAUGGAGAAGGAGAAAGAAUUAAAUGAGAAAAAUGAAGAGCUGAAGAUUCUAAAAGAACAUUUAGAGACUAAUGAGAAGACUCUUUCUGAGAGAGACGCAGUGUUAAUGGAAACAAAUAAUAAACUUCAACAUGCUACUCAACAAGUUAAAGAGAAAAUCUCACAACUGGAGAAUAUGAACAAACUGCUGAGUGAGAAAGAAACACAGCUAAAGAACACAGAUAAAGAGCUGGAAACCAGUAAAAACAAACUGGAGACACUGGGACGGGAGCUGCAGAAUGAGAAGAGACAACUAGAUGACAUGAUGAUCAUACUGGAGCAACAGAAAACUGAGUUAGCAGAAAAAAACAAACAGCUUAGAGAGAGAGAGAGACUUCUAACUGAAAGAGAGACACAGCUAAUGGAGAGAGAGAAACAGCUUCAGGAGAAAGACAAAUGUCUGAUAGAAAAUCAACAAAUGCUUCAGAUGAAGGACAAGACACUGAAAGAGAAGGACAUACAGCUCAGAGAGGUGAAUGAAGAACUGGGAAAAACAAAGAGGACAUUAGAGGAGAAUCAGACACAGCUGAAAGACAAAGAGAGACAACUGGAGAGUGUGAUAAAUGAACUAGAAUCCAGUAAAAUCAAACUAAUAAAACAAGACAAACAGCUUCAGGAGAAAGACAGACUUCUAGAGGAGAAAACAAAGCAGAUGCAGGAACAGAAUAAUCAGCAGCUAAAACUAAAAAAUACACAGAUACAGGAGACACAAAUACAAGUGGAGAAAAGGGAGAACAGACUUGUGGAGAAGGAGAAAGAUAUAAAUGAGAAAAAUGAAGAGCUGAAGAUUCUAAAAGAACGUUUAGAGACUAAUGAGAAGACUCUUUCUGAGAGAGACGCAGUGUUAAUGGAAACUAAUAAUAAACUUCAACAUGCUGCUGAACAAGUUAAAGAGAAAAUCUCACAACUGGAGAAUAUUAACAAACUGCUGAGUGAGAAAGAAACACAGCUGAAGAACACAGAUAAAGAGCUGGAAACCAGUAAAAACAAACUGGAGACACUGGGACAACAGCUGCAGGAUGAGAAGAGACAACUACAGGAGAUGAUGAUCGUACUGGAGCAACAGAAAACUGAGUUAACAGAAAAAAACAAACAGCUUGAAGGUACAGAGAGACGUCUAACUGAGAGAGAAUCACAGCUAAUGGAGAGAGACAAACAGCUUCAGGAGAAAGACAGACUUGUAGAUAAAAGUACUGAAGCAUUUCAGAUGAAUAAUAAAACACUGGAAGAGAAGGACACACUGCUCAAAGAGGUGAAAGAAGAAUUAGCAAAAGCAAAUACGCUGUUAGAAAAGAAUCAAACAAAGUUUAACAACAAAGAAAGACAACUGGAGGACAUGAUCAAAAUUCUGGAGAAUAGUACAAAUAAUCUGAUGGAGAAAGACAAACUUCUAACAGAAUAUACACAAAUGAUUCAGAUGAAGGACAAGACACUGGAAGAGAAGGACACACUGUUCAGAGAGGUGAAAGAAGAACUGGGGAAAACAAAUAGGACACUAUUGUUAUUAGAGGAGAAUCAGAUACAGUUGAAGGACAAAGAGAGACUACUGGAAAGUAUGAUGAAUGAACUAGAAUGCAGUAAAAACAAACUAACUGAACGAGACAAACAGCUUCAGGAGAAAGACAGACUUCUAGAGAUGAAAACAAAGCAGCUGCAGGAACAGACAGAUCCAGAAUCAUCAGCCCCCAUCAGGAGAAGAAACAGCAAGGAAGAGUUACAUCCAAAUAUGGGUGCAGAAUCGUCUAGUCUACAUUCUCCAGUGUCGGUUCCUGUAGCAGAACUGAGGCUGGUGCUGCUGGGAAGGACAGGGUCUGGGAAGAGUGCAACAGGAAACACCAUCCUGAGCAGAGAGGAAAGAAACCAGGCUGCUACAUCUACAGCUACAUCUACUUCCACCCAGCAGAGUGAGAACACACAGGGGGAGGUGGCCGGGAGGAAGGUGACUGUGGUGGACACUCCUGACUGGUUCUCUCCUGGACUCUCUCUGGAGAAGCUGAGACAGGACGUUGAACUCUGUGUCCAGAAGUCUGCUCCAGGACCCCAUGCCUUCCUCCUGGUCAUACCUGUAAAACAGCCUACAGGAGAGGAGAGAGGGAUGAUGGAGAAGAUAGAGGAGACUUUUGGAGAGAGAUUUUGGAAAAACACCAUGAUCAUAUUCAGUGUUACUGAUGAACUUCAGAAGAAAAACAUUGAGGAGUUUAUCCCAUCAGGAGACCAGGAGGUCCAGAGACUAGUGGAGAAAUGUGGGAACAGGUUUCACUGUCUUAACAUUAAGGAGAGUGGAGAUGGUUCUCAGGUCUCAGAGCUGCUAGAGAAGAUAGAGAAGAUGGUGGAAGGAAACAGAGAAAAAUUCUACAGCAGUGAGAUCUACCUGGAGACAGAAUCUCAGAUUAGAGCAAUGGAGACUACGAUCCUGAAGAAAAGAGAAGAACAAAUAAUGAGAGAAGGAAUGGAGUUAAAGGAAAAAAUAGAAAAGGAGGUGCAGCAAUCAUUGACAAAUAUAGAGGGAGUGAUCCAGGAGCAUGAAGGAGACAUCAUACAACUGAAUGAGCGAACAACUGAACUGGAGAGAAAGAUGAAAGAAGAAAGAGAUGAAGAGAAAAGGAAAGAACUUGAGAGGGAGCUGAGACAAGAGGUAGAGCGAAGGACAGAAAUGGAAGAAAAGGUGGAGAAACUGAAAGAAAAGAAAGAGAGGGAGAGGAAAGAGAUGGAGGAGAGGCACCAACAGGAGAUAGAGAAAAUUAGGGAGGUGUAUAAAGGAGAGGUCAGAAUGGAGACAGAGAGAAACCUCAUGAAGAUCAUCCUGAUUGAACUCCAGAGAAACAUUUUGGCCUCAAAAACAGAGAUGCAGGAAGAGGUUAGCAGACAGAUGAAGGAGAAGAACAGAGAGCUGGAGACUCUUAAACAGAAACUUUCAGAGUCUGAGAGAGAAGCUGUAACAAAAAAGGCACAGAAGAAAGGGUUUAAAAAAUUAAGAGAUUUUUUUCACUAAGUAACAGUUUACAGUAUAAAGCCCCAGACACUCACCUAGUCAGAAAUGAACUAUUCCAGCCAAGGAUUGUGGAUAUGGCUGGACUGGGUCAAAAGAUUAAUUGAUUACAAUACCUUUCUGUCCUCAUCCAUUACUUACUCCCUGCUCUUCUACAUCUGCCUGAUAAUGUUGCACAAAAUGAAGUAAAGGCACCUGCAGUAGCCCCUGCAGCCAAAAUAUCUGACAUUUUUUGCACAUUUUUCCCAGAUUUUCUUCCUAAUUUAGUCAGUUCCAAUUCCCACCCAUCGCCAAGGGGCUCCCACAACAAGACCACUAAUUAAUCUAAUUGGGCCGAAAACUAUUACGUAUUUCCUCCAAACCACAUGACGCAAGCCAACUGCAUAUUUUCGAACUGCUCACUCAUGCACUGUUGGGAGCAGAGUAACAAACCCGGAGGAUAGUGCUAUCCAUUCCUUGCUUGUGUGAACUCACAGACGCCCAUGAUUGGCUAUAGAGCAAUGAUUGAUGAGAGAGCGCUAAGUGCCUCCCAUCCCAACCUGCUGAGAGAGCUAAGUUAAUCAACUCUCUGCAGGCCUUUAACUGCAGGAGACUACAGCAUCACCCAGGAAUCUAACUGCGAUCUCCGGAAAAUAGGGCGAGCACUUUACCACUACGCCAUUUGAGGACCUUGAGCAUAAGGGUAAUUACAUAUGCUAAUAAGCUAACAAACUGUUGUUUUAUGUUAAGAAAAUGGCCUAACCAGUGUUUAUAAUUUUUUUUUAUUAACAUGAAUUAACCAAUUGUCUAGAAGUGUGUAUCAUGGACACAUACAAGUUGCUAAGCUAAAUAAAAAUUAUGAACUAGUUACUGCUAGUUUCUUGCCAUGCAGGACAAUUUCUUAAUGUUGUGAGUAAGAUAAGUUUGGACUUU